AUGGCGACUGGACAGAAGUUGAUGAGAGCUAUUAGAGUUUUUGAAUUUGGUGGACCAGAAGUGCUGAAACUCCAGUCGGAUGUUGCUGUACCAGUUCCAAAAGACCAUCAGGUUCUCAUCAAAGUCCAAGCAUGUGGUGUAAACCCAGUGGACACAUACAUUCGCUCUGGCACUCACAGUAUAAAACCACCUCUACCUUAUACUCCUGGCUUUGAUGUGGCUGGGAUAAUAGAAGCUGUUGGAGAGAGUGUAUCUGCUUUCAAGAAAGGUGACAGAGUUUUCACUACCAGGACGAUCUCUGGGGGUUAUGCUGAGUAUGCUCUGGCCGCCGAUCACACUGUUUACACACUGCCAGAAAAACUGGACUUUAAACAAGGAGCUGCCAUCGGCAUCCCAUACUUUACUGCUUAUCGAGCUCUGCUCCACAGUGCCUGUGUGAAACCUGGAGAAAGUGUUCUGGUUCAUGGAGCUAGUGGAGGAGUUGGAAUUGCAGCAUGCCAAAUUGCAAGAGCUUAUGGCUUAAAGGUUUUGGGCACAGCUAGUACUGAGGAAGGACAAAAGAUUGUUUUGCAAAAUGGAGCCCACAAAGUGUUUAAUCACAAAGAAGCUAAUUAUAUUGAUAAAAUUAAGAAAUCUGUUGGUGAAAAAGGAGUUGAUGUGAUUAUUGAAAUGUUAGCUAAUGUAAAUCUUAGUAAUGAUUUGAAUCUUUUGUCACGUGGAGGACGAGUAAUAGUUGUUGGCAGCAGAGGCGCUAUUGAAAUAAACCCACGGGACACCAUGACAAAGGAAUCUAGCAUAAAAGGAGUUACUCUGUUUUCAUCCACCAAGGAGGAAUUUCAGCAGUUUGCAGCAGCCCUUCAAGCUGGAAUGGAAAUUGGUUGGUUGAAACCAGUAAUAGGUCACCAGUAUCUACUGGAGAAGGCUACCCAGGCUCAUGAAAAUAUCAUUCAUAGCAGUGGAGCUAUUGGAAAAAUGAUUCUUCUCUUAAAAUGA